AUAUUCCCCCCUUCCACGGGGAUCACAGAGCCAAGCAGCAUCCAGGGACCCCAAUACUCCCUGACCUAGCUCUGGGGCCGGGGAGGGGCCGGUGGUUCCCUGCCGAGGGAGAGGGGAGUGAGAUCAGCGGUCCCUAGACAGACGGACCCCCUCACCUGCAGGGCUACAGCCCGGCAGAGGGUGCAGGUUUAAUGCUGUGGAUGGCCACCAGACGUGGUUGGUGGGUUCUGGGCCGGAGGCAGUGUUUAUUCUAGGAACUCGGCCCCUAGUCCCUGCAGGGGCCGAGUCGCUCCCUGUGAGUUGUGCCCGGCUGGAGGAAGUCUCCGAUGAAUCUCUCCUUGCGGACGCCUGAUCAGAUCGGACGUGCCGCCUCACCAUGAAGCUCCUCCCCAGGACACAAGAGCUGCAGCUUUGCCUAGGCAUGGCCGUGGGGCUUGCCGUAGGAUUUACCUUCAUCUACGCCUUCAGGACAGAGCAGAGCACGUCAGCGGUGGUGCAAAGAACCCACAACUCCUAUCCCCGCCAAGUGGAGGACAAUUCGACUGCGGCCGAGCUGUUCAGCAAGGUGCGGAUCCUGUGCUGGGUCAUGACGGGCCCCAGCAACCUGGAGACCAAGGCCCGGCACGUCCAGGCCACGUGGGCGCGGCACUGCAAUGUGGUGCUGUUCAUGAGUUCGGUGCGGGACGACGGCUUCCCCACCGUGGGGCUGGAUGUCAAAGAAGGCCGGGACCAGCUGUACUGGAAAACCAUCCGGGCCUUCCAGUACGUCCACCAGCACCACCUGGAGCAGGCCGACUGGUUCCUCAAGGCGGACGAUGACACCUUCGUGGUGCUGGCCAACCUGCGCUGGCUGCUGGCCAACCACACGCCUGAGGAGCCCGUCUACUUCGGGAAGCGCUUCAAGCCCUUCGUCAAGCAGGGCUACAUGAGCGGCGGGGCCGGCUACGUCCUCAGCAAGGAGGCCCUGAGGCGCUUCGUGGAGGGCUUCAGGACCCAGGUGUGCACUCACACCAGCCCGGUGGAGGACCUGGAGCUGGGCAAGUGCAUGGAGAAGAUGGGGGUGCAGGCGGGGGACUCCCGGGACACCAAGGGGCAGGAGACCUUCCACCCCUUCCCCCCAGAGAGGCACUUGAUGGAGAAUCUCCGGCUUGAUCACUAUUAUCCCACCUACUCCUUCUACCCCAUCCUGCUGGGUGCCCAGAGCUGCUCGGAUUUAUCCAUCUCCUUCCACUACGUCAGCCCGGAGGAGAUGUACCUGUUGGAAUACUGGAGCCGACACCUGCGCCCGCACGGAUACCAGCCCCGCUACCAGCCAGCUCUAAUGGCCUGGAACCGCACAGCGCCCAAGGAGGGGUGACUGGCAGGGGCUCUGCAGAAGGACACCAGCGAAAGGGGCUGAACCCCAAGGACCGGGUUACACCGGCGGCGCUUUAGAACCAAUGCGAGAUGCUCGGUGCCUGGACCCACGGUGCCAGGGGGUAUAUAAAGGCAACAGAGGGGAGGGAGGGGGUAUUUGGCGCUGGAGCGUGAACUCAGAGCAGAGAUAUGGGUUGCGGGGGCUCUCAGGCAGGGCACCUCCGUGGGUUUGGGGGGAGGGUGUUCUUGGGCACAACCCCUGAGGGAGUUUGGGGAGCCCCCAGCUAAGGGGGGGCAGAUCCUGUCUACAUAUAAGGUGUCCAAUCAUCAUUACAAACCUCCCUUCUCUUUAGCUACCGCUGGGUGAAACGAGGGUUUGUCCUUGGGGGGGGGGAGCCCACUGCACUGAUCAUAGGGGGCGGGUGUGGGCCUCUCAGCGAUGGGGGAUCGAGCCAGCUGGCGGACACAUCCCCAGGACAGGCAGCGUGUAUCCCGGUGGCCUUCCUUAGGGGCUGCCAGGCUGUGGGGCCCAUUCGGGCCACGGGCUCUCUGCUGACCCAGUCCCCAAGGGAGCAGGUGCUGCUAACGGGAAGGCUCCGUUUCCCGUCAGCCCCCACCCUGUCCCUGCCAGUCUGCCCUUUGCUGCCUGAGCUGGCAGGCCCCUCUGCCCACUGCCCAUGGGGAUGCCGGGGCAGCGCCAGCGUGCGCUAACCUCGGUGCCUGCGAGAAUCCACUCGCUGGCCGCUCUGGGGCCCCGUCGGCGAAUUCCCAGCUGCUCCCGCCAAGGCCAUAAGCGACCGGGGGAGGCUCAGGACACGGUGCCUGGUUCCAGCAGGGGGAAAGGCAGCGACCCAAGCCCUGCCCCCACCCCACGGCAGCUUCAGAACCCCCCUGCCACCCUUCCGAUUUUCUCUGCUCGGGCCACGCGGGGCUGCGGGUGGUUCCUGCUGCUCGGCCACGGAGCCCACGGCACGAAGCUGAGUCCGCGCCUCCCACAGCUUCGCUGGGACACUUCCCUGUGGGCAACCAAACCGCUGCUGCAGAGAGAGCUACAGGGGUCCUGUUCCCCCCCCAUCUCCCCUGCCUGAUGCCCCCCGCAGCCCCUGCUUGCUCUGCAGGAAGGGUCGCGCCCGGCAGAAAUAACCAGGCACACGCUACAGCUCUAAAUCGGACAUUGUUACGUACUUACAGUUACAAUCCAAGAGAUUAAAAUGCUAUACACGGCCA